AUGGCUGGUGUGGCACGAUUGUUGGAUGCCCUAAGGAACGUCGGUGUGACACGCCUAGGUAUACUGACUGAAAUGUACGGCACUGAGCAAGACCAGGAGAUGUGGCUGGCACACUUCCUCUUAGCGUGGCUAGAAGUGCCCUGCGAUGUGUCUUCAAAGGAGAAACUGAUGUCAGAUGACAGUUUCAUCGAGAAACUAGGGGAUCCGCUGCAGAUGAAAGUCAUGCGAUAUCGGCCGAAGUCACUGGAAGAUGCGGCUCAUGAGGCAAUGGAGCUGCAAGUCAUUGGUACAGUGACCAGAAGAGACAGCAGAUUCUGUCACGUGAACAUUUCGGAACAAGAGAACGUCAAUCAGUUGCAUGCCUCAUUCGACGUUGCCAAUCAACCCGAUUUUCUGUUGCGCACACCAGUUCUACAUUCUGCUGAAGUGAAGGCGGUUGGCAGUGCCUGCGUUCGUCUUCGCGUCUUCACGUCCUACCGCCACUUCCGGCAGCAGCAUUGCCUGCAGUACUCAAGCAUUACGGCAACAACAAGCGGAAGUACCUACCGGAGCUGCGGCGGCGCAGCUGUUGCUACGAGGAACGCGAUGUAUGUGCCAUACGAUGAACGCGAAGCGGCGCGGCAAGAUGAGGCGACGCUGCGCGCUAGGAAAGCCGAGCUUUCGGCCCCAUCGUCAUGUGGCUGCCAGAUGAGCUGCGUCCGCAGCAGCCUAGCCUCAGAAAAGCUUACCGGACGAAACAGAGUGGCUGAGGGCGAUGGCCAGCCGACGGCGGACGUUUUUCUGUUUCUUCUAGUUCACGUGCUGGUGGAGAACGAUCGGCCGUCGUCGACGCUAUUCACUGCUCAGAAACAUUCUAAAAAACCAAGCGACCAUUGUCCCCUUUUUUGCUCGCUGCGGUGCGCUGGAGAGCGACGGCUUGUUUACCGACAGCAGCAGCCGUGCUUCGACAGCGCCCUUGCGUUCUAUGGCUAUGUCGCCGACUCCAAUGACUCCUGGCGCACCGCCGAGACAGCGAGGGUAUUUCUUUCGUGCCAAGCACGCUGUACAAGUGGCCGUGGAAUUUUGUACCUGCUAUCAUAA